AUGACAUCUCCGUAUCCUCCAUUCACGUCAAACUCACCAUCCGAUAUGGCUAGUGGGCCCAACAGAUCUGUUUCGGACUUGCCACAGUCUCAAGUGGACGCCAUCAUUCGAACGAAGCGCAAAGCGCGCGAGCCGAAAGCUUGCUACCCAUGCCAUGCGCGCAAGGUUAAAUGUGACCGGAAUUUGCCAUGUGAUGGCUGUGUCAAGCGCGAUCAUGCAGAUCUCUGUUCUUACGAACGCCCCUCCAAGAAACGCUCCCAAGCUUUCCUUGAGAGUCCCGUGGGGGGCGCAUCGGCAUCUUCCACAAUGGAUCAGCCUGCCUUCUACAGCUAUGACGAUCAUCCAUCGAAUAUAAAGUCUGAGACUAUUCAUAGCCAGCGGAAUGGGGCCACCAUUGCAAGUGGACGUGUGUCGAUUGCCCGAGAUGAAUGGGAGAAUGUGCGCAACCGACUGCGUGAGAUGGAGUCAACCAUAUCGACUUUGCGCAUGGGGCUCGAGCGGGCUGAAGAAGAGCCCGCCGUGACUGUAGAAUCCGGGAGUGUGCAGAGUGGAGAUGCAGGUUCCCGUUCCAAGGGCGCUUCGCCAGAGCGUGAGGGCAUCCAUGCUGCCAACACGCUCGGCCAAGGCACCGUUCACCUGGGUUCGCGCUCAGUCCUAGCGUAUAUUCUCAAUAACAAGACUGGAUCGGAUCAACUCCAGACCCUGUUAGAGGGAGGGAUAUUGCCGAAGUUGGGACUUGAUAACGAGUCUGCAACUUAUCCAUUUGUCGACUUGUGGUCUUCGGAUAUGUCAACCUUUGACAUUAGCGCAGUUUGUAGUGCGCUUCCCACAGAUCAACAGUGCAGAGAAUUUUUCUAUUGUUACAAGGAAAUCGCAGGGGCGAUUUAUCCUGUCAUUGAAGAUAUCCGUGACUUCGAAAAUAAUCUGGAGCUUCUCUUGCAAAACAGAAUUGCUUCCGGAGGAGUAUAUCGAGAGGAUGCCGAUGAGGCGCAAAACCCAUUUGGGGUGAGCAUUGCUUACCUGGGCCUGCUGUUCUCUGUUCUGGCAUCUGGGACCCAAUCAUCCGACCUUGGUAGCAAAGAACGGGAAUUGACCUCGCAGGUCUAUGUCUGCUGCUCCUACCAAUGCCUUCGUAUGACCAACUUCCUGUCCCAGCCAACAAUUGAAGCCAUCCAGACCCUCCUUGUAAUUGGUAAUGUCUUAUCUUACAAUAUGAAUCCUGGUAUUUCAUAUGUUCUGCUGGGCAUGACGCUUCGGAUGGGGUUGGCGCUUGGUCUGCAUGUUGAGUCAAGCAGGUUUUCACAAGCUGAACGAUAUCGCAGGCGGCAUGUUUGGUGGUCAAUGGCGUGGCAGGACAGUCAUUUCUCUCUCUCCUACGAUCGCCCUUCUACUACAGCAGUCAGCCAGCCUGACAUUGCAUACCGAGAGGGCUCUAAAGCAGGCGAUCUCUCGUACUUCGAAACUCUCUGUCGCGUCAUUUCCCUGGCACUGGAAGUCGUCCGCAUUCGAAUGCUUAGCCCUCAUGCACACAUCAGUUUCGAGAGCAUCCAAGGUUACAAGGAACGAAUCCAGAAUAUAAUGGAUGAGGCGAAAUUUUAUCUACGCGAUGCGAAAUGGUGUUCCACUCCAACUGAACAUCUGGAGCGGGUUGUGCUGAAACUGCAUUCUUCAUACUUUUCGUCCGAGCUUUGCCGACCGUCGCUGAAGCCAAUGGUCAAUUCCUCCGACGCUAGCACUGCGAGCAUGCGCGCUGACUGCGUGGCUAACCUGAUGAUUACCGUGGAGGCUUAUAUUGAACUGCACAAUAUUAGCUCGCAUGCCGGCCGAUCAUGGAUUGCAUUACAACGGGCGAUUAGUUCCGCGUUUUUGCUCGCUGUUGUUGAAGAGGCCAAAUCCGAUCCGAAGGUCUGGAAUCUUCUGCGACAGCUGGAGGGUAUCAUUGCGCAGCGAGCUAGUAAUGAGAGGGCUUUCGAUGGCGCCGAUUCCAGCAUGACUUCACCGCCACAGGCUAUGAACACAUACGAUCCAAUCACUGGUGCGACUAAUCCGCCGGGUUAUGUUGCACCCGCCAUCGAUCCUACGUCCCCCGUCGGUGCCCCUGAAACCCAGACACAAUGGGCCAAGUCUCUGGCUAAAACCCACCGCGCCUUGCAAAAGCUACUUGCGGCCUUUGGCAACCAGACUGCACGCCCUCUGAAUGGACGCAGCCCUGCGUUUCCAUCUCAGCAUAACCCCAGCGCGACUACUGCCGCCAAUUUGAGUGUCUUUGUUGCCCCUGGUUCGGCUAGUAUGACCCCGAGUGUCGGCUCUCUCCCACCACCGACACCGGAAAGUUCAGGAAGUGGUGAAUGGACCAUACCUAACAUCCUUGACCGUGCCCAAGAGUACAUUCACCCGCCGCUAUGGGGAUAA